AUUCACGUAUACUGUAUCUUUCUUGUCAAUACCAACCGUUCUAGCAUGUUUUCCAGGAAAAAGAAGGAGGAAACGCCUGCGGCCGAAAACACCACCCCAGUCCGCCACUUUCCGUUCACAGCGCCUCCAGCUACGCUUACGCCGCCAGAGACAAAGCCGUUGGCUGCUGACGAACAGACCAAGUAUGACACGGUGUUGAAGCACUUCCAACAGCCAGACUUGAAGCUUGCGAUCUUGGAGAAGGCUGAUGCUUCCACCGAAAAGAAGGCGUUAUCGUCCGCCGAAAAGGCGUGGCUCUCUCGAGAGUGUCUCCUCCGCUACUUGCGUGCCACCAAGUGGGUGGUGGCAGAUGCGAUUGAGCGAAUCGAGAAAUCGCUCAGUUGGCGCCGCGAGUUCGGCCUCUAUGACCCAGCAAAGUUGUCUGCCGAGAUCGUGGGCCCGGAAAAUGAAACGGGGAAGGAGGUCAUCUUGGGCUAUGACAACGACUCACGUCCGUGCCUUUACUUAAAGCCGGGGAGACAGAACACCAAGUCUUCUUUCCGCCAGGUGCAGCACUUGGUGUUUAUGUUGGAGGCGGUGAUUGCGUACAUGCCGCCGGGCCAGGAUUCCUUGGCGCUUCUCAUAGACUUCAAGCACCAUCCCGAGGUACCGGGAGUCAUGGGCUCGUCCAAGGUUCCGCCAGUGACGGUGGGGAGACAGGUGCUCCACAUUUUACAAACACACUAUCCCGAGCGCUUGGGCCGUGCAUUGUUGACCAACAUCCCGUGGCUUGCCUGGUCCUUUUUGAAGGUUAUCCAUCCGUUCAUCGACCCGAUGACCCGGGAAAAGUUGGUUUUUGACAAGCCGUUCCCAGACUAUGUGCCGUUGGAGCAGUUGGACAUGGAUUUCGGGGGGAAAGUCAAUUUUGUGUACGACCACGCGCAGUACUGGCCAAAGUGCAACGAGAUCAUUGAGGAAAAGAGGGCCCACUACCAACAGAGAUUUGAGAAGUUUGGUGCUUGUAUCGGGUUAAGUGAAUUUGAUUUGAGAGGGGAGGGAGAGACUCUCAAGUACCUGGUCGUUCCAUUGGCCGUGCCUGAGGUUGGCGAGGUUACCGAAAAGUUGCAAGCCUUGGCUGUUGGGGCCAACUAAGUUUUUUUUUUUUAUUUUUUAUUUCUACAAGGGAGGUGUAUAGACGGGCUGCCACUCCCCUCCCGAUGUCUUCCAUUCAUAUAAUAUUUGCGAAAGAAACGGGCUCUGACUUAUGGGUUGAAUACGACUUGGGAAUACUAGGCACUCUUCAUAGGGGUGAUGGUGCUAGUCCGAACGACAGUGAUGUAGUGGUGCUUUGGCUAGUCCGAACGACAGUGAUGUAGUGGUGCUUUGGCCUCGUGCGUAUCGUUUGCCAUGAAAGGGGGCCACGUAAUUUCAUCAAGAUACCCUCAUGUAACAUUGGCCUAUACAGAGACUGCCUUUUUCCCGCUAUAGGCUUAUAUAGAAAGUAGUCUAGAUUAGUCUGUAGAGACAGGCCGGUUACACAGCUGCUUGGAGUUUACCAGAGCUUGUAUGUCGCCGACUUUCAAUCGCAAUCUCAAUAACAGUUUUAAAGGAACCUUAAUAUAAAAGACCG